AUGGAGAAAUCGCUGGCAGAGAAGUUGUUCCUCGAAAAGAUGGCCAUCCUGAAUCGCACAUUCGUGCAUUUCAUCGAAUGCUCAGUCAAGGAAAUGCCGGACGCCGAUCUGUCACCGAGCGUGCGAGAUUAUCUCAAGCAUGUCGAACAUCUCGAUCGAACUUACGGAGCAGCUCUCGCUUCCAGCGCCGACAGCAGUACGAACUCCAGGAAGAUCGCAACCCUACCUGCAACUGGAACUAAUUCAAGAGGCGACUCAUCCAAUACAAAUACAUCCUCAAAACCGUCGUUGUUUGGUCUCCCCACAGCAAAAGAAGACGCUAAAACUCCAUCGGGCGACUGCAGUUCGUUAGCAGAUGACCAAGCUGGCGAUACCACCUCGCCUGCAAGGAGCGCCACCGCAGCGCUAGCAGGAGACAGCAGUGCAUCAGUGAAAGGCAGCGCCGCAGCAUCUGGAACUGCCGCUGCGUUUACUGGAGGCAUCAGUGCGCCCGCGUGGAACACUACAGCGCUAGCGGGAGAUACCGCCGAGCAAACGAAAGGUGCUGGCACGCCAGCUGGCAUUUCCAGGCUAAGCAACACGCCAUUCGGAGGCGCCAAAAACACCCCAGUGGUGCCAGCAGCAGCAGCAGGCUGUACACUGACAGGAAAUACGAAUAAAUCAACAGCAGGAGGCACCAGUACGCCAGCAGGAAGCGCCGCAGCAAACAUCCCGAAGUUCUCCUUCGGCAGCUCUGACUCGUCACCGGCAACUGCAGACAGUGGUUAG